AGAUAAACAAUAUCUCGCUCUUUAGUCCUAAGUAAUGUUGUAGACUGCAGGCUUUCAGUAGCAUGACAGCAUUAGCAACGAAUGUGCUCGACACACCAGAAUCAGCUAUUGAGUACACUAUCACUAAUCCACGAAUCUUGAAUGUUUCCGAAAUGCUUGCGCAACCCAAUGUGCAGGCUCUCCAGCAGUCAAACCCUGCAUUAUACAAAACGUUAGAAGUAUUUGCCUAUGGGACUAUCAAAGAUCUUCCAGAGGGGGUAAAUUUACCACCUGCAGCACUACGAAAACUUCAACAACUUUCACUGAUCAGCUUAGCAGCUACUAGUACAUCGAAUAGACAGCUUCCUUAUGCGGAAGUCAUGAAGUACCUCGGUAUUACAUCCGUUCGUGAGCUUGAAGACGUUGUAAUUGACGCGAUUUACAAUAAACUGAUCAAGGCUCGUCUUGACUCGAAAGGACAGUUCAUCGAAGUCGAUGACUGGGCGUCUCGCGACACUCCAGCAAGUAAUCUUCCAUCCAUAAUAAACACGCUCUCGGAGUUCGCACGUAGCGCUACAGAUGUUCGUCAGCAAACGUUAGAAGAUGCUGACAGACGUGACGCUCAAGUGACUGCCGAUCGUAAACGUGCGCAGCAAGCCGAGGCCGAUUUAGCAGCAGCCAGAAAGGCACUAGACGAAUCUGUGCUAGCAACGAUGAACUCCCAUGAUCCAUCGACAUCUAGAGCAAAAGCAUCUCGAUCAGUGCGACAGCGAGCUGGACAAACGGCGCCAGCCAGUAAAUAA